UCACAUAUAUAAAAAUACUCUUUGUAUUCUUAGGUCAAACCAUGUUGGUUCGGCCCUUUAACUAGACUAGAGAAUGCUGUUUUGGAUUGGAUUCUUAUUAAGCUUCUUUUAUAUAUAUAUACUGCAGAAAGAAAGUUUCUUCCUUUUUUUAGUUCUGGAUUGGAAAUGGCUGGUAACGCCGCGGGUACUAGUAAUUCAUUAUCAAGAGAAGAAGAAGCCCUUCUUGAGACGUGGAAUCAUGACAUGGAAUCUGGUCAACUCCCUGUAGAAAAUUUAGAUGCUGAACUUGUAGAUGUCGAGACUCCCCUGGAGGAUUCUGAGGAAUUAGAUGAUCUGUUACGUAGGGUCAAAUCAGCUGCAGCUAGCUUGCGCUAUUUAAGAUCAAAAGUUAGAAACUUGGCCGUUCCUGGUCUGACCAAUGCUGAACACCUAGAAAAAUUAAAACAUGAUAGUUCAGCUUCUCAAGUCACUGGAGCUAACGAAACCCAGGAUCCCUUGGUUACAGAGGAUGGUGUAUUUACUUGGAAGACGCUUCAGUCCAUAGAGAUGGUUACUGAUGUGCUCGAUUCUCUUUUGAGGAGGGUCACAGCGGCUGUAUCUGAAACUUCUUUUCAAAAGGAGAGGGUGAUUAUAUGCGAGGAAGAGAUUACAAGGUUGACAGCCAAAAUCGAGAAUCUCUCCUUGAGGUUUGAAGAGAUGAAACGGAUUGCUCAUGGGAAUAAAACUGUUCUAGAUGAAACAGCCGAGAUUAUUAAGAGAUUAGUUGAAGAUAGUAGGAGAGAUAGAGAAAAGGCUCUCGAAAAUGAAGAGGAGCUCCGUCGUGUCAAGGCAGAGUGUGAGUCACUUAGAAAUUACGUCAAUACUUCUACCAGUGUUGUUGAAACACUUCGUUCAUCCGCGCAGCAAUUCCAUACCAUCGAAGCCGGGUUGGUUGCUAAGUCGACACAACUGGAAGGUGAGAAAGCGCAGAAAGAGGUUGAAGUGCAAAAGCUAAUGGAGGAGAAUGUGAAGCUGAGCGCUCUUCUUGACAAGAAAGAAGCUCAGCUUCUGGCCUUAAACGAACAGUGCAAAGUGAUGGCUUUGAAUGCUUCAAACAUCUGAUCCUGCAUCUUUCAUGUCUUAGCAAAAGAGAAGAUCUCUGAGAUUUAAUCCUUGGAUAUAGUUAGUAGGCGUACUUAAUUUGCCUUCGGAUUCUUUUCUCCUUCAGAUUUGACAUUCCGGUAAACUAUCCGUAGAACAUGGCUUUGAAGAAAGCAAGCAUAGUUGAUAUGUUUUUGCCCUGACUCUUUUCAAAUGACUCCUAAAAGUCCUUGCUAACUUUUUGCUUCUUUGUUGAUAUCGUCUCCGAACUUGCAUGGAUUGUGAG